AUGUGGUACAUCGCUCUCUUGUUGGCCGUCGCCGCCACUUCAGCAGCACAAAAAGCCGACGACGAGCAGGUAGUAUUUCUGGUACGCGUUCCAAUGGAAUCAAUUGAGGAUGACUCGAGUUUGGAGUAUCAUCCUAGAGACAUUUUCAACACAAAACGAGCGAUCCCAUUCAACGGAGGCAUGUACGGCAAACGAUCGACGAUGCCGUUCUCCGGUGGAAUGUACGGAAAACGAUCUGGACAAAUUUUUGCUCAACGUAGAGCCGCUAUCCCAUUCUCAGGAGGU